GGCACCUCAGGCCCCGCCUCCAAGAUGGCGGCGUCCAGUGCUCGGGACUGCAACGCGCCCCGGCUCAACCCCGAAUUAUAGCGUUGACGGUAUUAGGGGGGCCAUGGACCGGCCUGGGUUCGCGGCCUCGCUGGUGGCUGGUGGGGUAGCAGGUGUCUCUGUUGACUUGAUAUUGUUUCCUCUGGAUACCAUUAAAACCAGGCUGCAGAGUCCCCAAGGAUUUAAUAAGGCUGGUGGUUUUCAUGGAAUAUAUGCUGGCGUUCCUUCUGCUGCUGUUGGAUCCUUCCCAAAUGCUGCUGCCUUUUUCAUUACCUAUGAAUAUGUGAAAUGGUUUUUGCACACUGAUUCAUCUUCAUAUUUGAUGCCUGUGAAGCACAUGUUGGCUGCUUCUGCUGGAGAAGUGGUUGCCUGCCUGAUUCGAGUUCCUUCUGAAGUAGUUAAGCAGAGGGCACAGGUUUCUGCUUCUUCGAGAACAUUUCAGAUUUUCUCUAACAUCUUAUAUCAAGAGGGCAUCUCAGGAUUGUAUCGAGGCUACAAAAGCACAGUUUUAAGAGAGAUCCCUUUUUCAUUGGUCCAGUUUCCCUUGUGGGAGUCCUUAAAAGCCCUCUGGUCCUGGAGGCAGGAUCAUGUGGUGGAUUCUUGGCAGUCAGCAGUCUGUGGAGCUUUUGCAGGUGGAUUUGCAGCUGCCGUCACCACGCCCCUGGAUGUGGCAAAAACAAGAAUCAUGUUGGCAAAGGCCGGUUCCAGCACCGCCAGUGGGAAUGUCCUGUCUGCCCUGCACGGGGUCUGGCGGACACGGGGGCUGCCAGGAUUAUUUGCAGGUGUCUUCCCUCGAAUGGCAGCGAUCAGUCUGGGAGGUUUCAUCUUUCUUGGUGCUUAUGACCAAACGCGCAGCCUGCUGAUGGAGCUUGGCACUGAGCGCCCAUGAAUCACACCCACAUGCACUUCUUCCAGGGGGCUGCUGUGAGCUCUCCCUCCCGGCGAGCAGCUGCCUGGCCUUCAGACAACAAAACACGGCGCUGGAGUUCAGUUCGCAGAACACGGCCUGGAGAGCACGUCUUCCAGGCUACAGGCCGCUGGAAUGAGGUCACCUGCGCAUUUGCCCGAAAGUUAAGAAAACGCCCACAGCAGUAAUUGAACGAUUUUCUCAGAACCCCUUAAUAAAUGAGUGGUGAUGCUGAGUCCAGGCCCUCAGAGCUUUCA